CGUGGGACACCGGGCCUCCUCUCGGGCGGCGCGGAGGCGGAUACGCGCACUUUCGGGCCGAGCCACUCGGACCGGGCGCAGUCGUCCCCCGCGGCCUCACGAUGGUACAGUCCUGCUGGGUACGGCGAGCGGGCGGCGCAGGCGGCCAACUAGGCGGUAUGGGGCUGCGCGCGGGUGGAGCGCUCCGCAGAAUGGGCACCGGUACGGAGGCACCUGAGGGACGGGAACCUGGCGGCGCGCAGGGAGGCAGCAUCCACUCGGGCUGCAUCGCCGCGGUGCACAACGUGCCAAUCAGCGUGCUCAUCCGGCCGCUGCCAUCCGUGCUGGACCCGGCCAAGGUGCAGAGUCUCGUGGACACGAUCCUGGAGGACCCUGACAGCGUGCCCCCCAUCGAUGUCCUCUGGAUCAAAGGGGCCCAGGGAGGUGACUACUACUACUCCUUCGGGGGCUGCCACCGCUAUGCAGCCUACCAACAGCUACAGAGAGAGACCAUUCCCGCCAAGCUGGUGCAGUCCACCCUUUCAGACCUGAGGGUGUACCUGGGCGCAUCCACACCAGACUUGCAGUAGAAACCUCCUGAUCACCCCACCCCUUACACACCAGCACCACCUUCCAGAGCCCAGAAGACCUGCAUGGCCCCUUGCGGGCUGAAGCUGUAGCGGGGAUAUGUUCUCUUUAUACCUAAGGAAGGAGGUCUGCCACUUGGUGCCUCUGCACUAGCCCCCAGGCCUGGGAAUGAAAGUGGCCAGCUCCCCUGUCUGUGAAGAGAUAUCAUAUCAUGGCCUUGGCCCUGAAGGAGCUGGUUGUGGAGGCAGGACUCCCUCUGUCUUUAUCUUUCUGAUAGCUUAUCACUACAUGAUCUAGUACACUGGUACCUGGUAGUAGAGGAAAACCUUGAUCACGAUGGCUGAUGUGAGACAGGCUUGUUUUCCUGUAACCUGAGUCCUGGAACAGGUGACUCACACAGAAUUGUGUCAGCAGUUCGGUGAAGGUGGGGUCUCCUCUAGAUAGUCCUUUAACCUGGCCCUCAUUGCUCCUUACGUUGUGGUCACAAGAUGGCUACCACCUCUCUAGGAAUCAUGUCUUUGCUCAAGGAAGAAAGUCACUGGACCAACUUCUGUCAGAAAGAAAAACUUCUUUCAGAGUAUCUGCCGUUUCCAUGGCCAGAGCUAGGCACCAGUGCCACCCACAGUUGCAGAAGGAACGCUGUCACAGGUGGGCAUGGCUGCCUUGUUCAUCCCUUAGAACUGACACUGUGCUUCCUGCAAUCAAAUUGGGGUCCCACUAGCAGGAGAGGAAGAAGUAUCAGCCCUUGCUAUGGAACAAGCCAUUCCCAAACUUAGCAGUAUUACCCAUGAUUCUGUGGGUGAGCACUCGGGACUAGACUCCUUUGGGCUGCUCUGUUGAUAAUGGUCCGAUCCUGCUCAAGAGCCCACUGUCAGCUGUCACUCAUCUGGGGCUGGCUGGGCUGGGAUCACCUUCUUCAUUCUUGUGGCAUGUGUUGGCUGGAUUGGCUUGGCCAUCCUUGUUCCCUCUCUAGCAGCUUAGCUCAAGUAUAUUCUCAAGAUGGCCUCAGAGUCCCAAGAAUGAGAGUAAUAGGGACAAGACAGGCAGUGGAGCGGUGGCUCGCUGCUAAGAGUACCUGCAUGGUGACUCAAGACUGUAUCCCAGUUCCAGAUGACCUGGCACCCUCUCUGACCUCUGUGGGCACCAGACACAUGGAACACAGACAUACAUGUGCAAGCAAAGGACACACAUGCGAAGGUCUUUUUGUUUUGUUUUGUUUUGUUAUUGUUUUGUUAUUUUAAGGUGACAAGAUUUCUUUGACCCUUAUGCCAGGACGAUGUCACUGCUGCUAAGUUCACUUCUCAGAUUCAAGGGGCGCAAACGGACCCCAGCUGUCAACGGGAGGAACUAUAAAGAACACGGGGCUAUUGCACAGAUGAAUCUUGGGCAAGUGACAGUGUUUCUUGCUCCCACCCAUAAACCCUCCUCACACAAAGGACCGUGCCAUGUCUUAGCCUUUAAGUUACUGUACUGUUCUUGGGACCUAGAAGAAGUUAUGGCAUGGUGUCUCCAAGAGCUGGGUACCCCACCCUCAAGGAUGACUCACUAGUGGGAUGGGGCAUUCCAGGGGGGUUCUGUAAACAGAGAGUCCUGGAGGCUGAGGAAAGGUAGAGGAAGCAGCAGAGCAAGGUGGCACUUGCUGCCCAGAGUCUAGUCACUUGUCACUCUCAGUUUUCCCAACUCAGUAGCCAGGACAACAGCUUUCCCGCCCACCGAGUAUCCCAGUCAAUGAAACUGAAAGGGAUAAAAUGCAACAUGGUGCUUGGAUCGGAUCUUGAGACCAAAAAGGGAUGGGGGAGCAUUAGUGGGUCAAGCAGGAACUUACUCGGUCUGGGUUUUAGUUAUCCUCCUGUUUGGGCAGCAGACUGCUGGCGGGGGGUAGGAAGGGGGGUAAUGGCUGUGUGAAAAAAAAUGUAUGGGAACUCUUUAGUCUCUGCAACUUUUCUGUAAAUCUAAAGUCAUUCCAAAAUAAAAGUUUAUUUAAUUAAAAAAACACACACAAUAAUGUAA